AUGGCCCUGGUCGGGAUCGACUUUCGGGCCCCUUUGCGGGAUGUAAAGAAGGUCCAGUUCGGUAUCCUCAGUCCAGAUGAAAUCAGACGCAUGUCCGUGGCUGAGAUCGAAUUUGCCGAGAUCAACGAGCACGGAAAGCCCAAACUUGGCGGUCUGAUGGAUCCACGGCAGGGAGUCAUCGACAGAAAAGGCAACUGCAUGACGUGCACCGGAGAUUUGGCACAUUGUCCGGGCCACUUUGGUCACUUGGAGUUGGCAAAGCCUGUUUUCCACAUCGGGUUCAUGACCAAGUCGCUGAAAGUGCUACGCUGCGUCUGUUUCUAUUGCAGUCGGUUGCUUCUUGACAAGGAAAACCAACGAGUGAAGGAGAUUUUGAAAAAGACUGCGGGUAACCCGCGUAGACGUUUGGCGAUGAUUUAUGAUCUCUGCAAAACGAAGCAAGUUUGCGAGGGUGCGACGGAUCCGACUAAUCCUGAUGAAGCGGAGGAGGUGGAUCCGGAUAAACCUACAAGAUCUGGCGGAUGUGGGCGAUAUCAGCCCAACUAUCGCAAGGUCGGAAUUGAAAUUACCGCUGAAUGGAAGAAGAAUUUCAACGAAGACACCCAGGAAAGAAAGAUCACGGUCACCGCUGAGCGGGCGCUUGAUGUUUUCAAGGGCGUUACCGAUGAGGAUUGUCUAAUCAUCGGAAUGGACCCACGGUUUGCGAGGCCGGACUGGAUGAUCGCUACAGUGUUGCCUGUACCUCCGCUUGCUGUUCGUCCCGCUGUCGUCACCUUCGGCUCAGCGCGUAAUCAAGACGACUUGACGCACAAGCUUGCCGAUAUCGUCAAACAGAAUAACGAGCUCAGAAGUAACGAAGCCAAAGGAGCAGCCGCGCACGUCUUGGCCGACAAUGUCAAGUUGCUACAAUACCACGUCGCUACUCUUGUGGACAAUUGUCUGCCUGGAGUCCCAACAGCUACCCAAAAAGGAGGACGGCCCUUGAAGUCGAUCAAGCAGCGUCUGAAAGGAAAGGAAGGGCGAAUUCGAGGAAACUUGAUGGGAAAGCGUGUCGAUUUUUCGGCUCGUACCGUCAUUACCCCGGAUCCCAAUCUGCCCAUCGAUACUGUCGGCGUUCCGCGGACCAUCGCUCAGAACAUGACUUUCCCGGAAAUCGUCACCCCGUUCAACAUUGACAAGCUGCAAAUUUUGGUCAACCAAGGCGAUGCUCAAUAUCCUGGCGCGAAAUACAUCAUCCGUGACAAUGGGGAGCGUGUCGAUUUGCGCUAUCACCCCCGUGCGGCCGAUCUUCAUCUUCAACCUGGCUACAAAGUGGAAAGGCACAUGCGUGAUGGUGACAUCAUCGUCUUCAAUCGUCAGCCAACACUCCACAAAAUGAGUAUGAUGGGUCACAGAGUCAAGAUUCUGCCGUGGUCUACCUUCCGCAUGAAUCUGUCUGUGACGACACCUUACAACGCCGACUUUGACGGUGACGAGAUGAACCUUCACUUGCCCCAGUCGCUCGAGACAAAGGCCGAAAUUGAAGAGAUUGCGCUGGUACCGCGUCAACUGAUUACGCCGCAAGCCAACAAGCCUGUGAUGGGUAUCGUGCAGGAUACACUUUGCGCCGUCCGCAUGAUGACAAAACGCGACGUUUUCAUUGAAUUUCCGAGAUUGAUGGACCUAUUGAUGGCGCUGCCGGAUUGGGACGGAAAGAUUCCGCAACCAGCUAUUCUCAAGCCGAAGCCGCUCUGGACCGGCAAGCAGCUCUUCACGCUGAUCAUUCCGGGAACUGUCAAUGUAAUCACAAAGCAUUCUACCCAUCCCGAUGAGGAAGACUCCGGCCCAUAUCAAUGGAUCACGCCCGGCGACACCAAGGUUCUAAUCGAGCAAGGCGAGCUGCUGACCGGUAUCGUUUGUUCCAAGACUGUCGGUCGAUCGUCUGGCAACUUGAUGCAUGUCAUUGUCCACGAGCUUGGCCAUGAGACGGCCGGAAAAUUCUAUUCUCACGUGCAAAAAGUCGUCAAUCAAUGGCUGUUGAUGGAAGGCCAUACGAUCGGAAUCGGUGAUGCCAUUGCCGAUCAGGACACCUACAAAGACAUUCGGCGCACCAUCGAGAAGGCCAAGCAAGAAGUGGUGGACGUUAUUGAAAAAGCGCACAACGACGAUCUCGAGCCGACGCCUGGUAACACGUUGCGUCAAACCUUCGAGAAUAUGGUUAACAGAAUCCUCAACGAUGCCCGUGAUCGCACAGGUUCAUCGGCUCAAAAGUCUCUUUCUGAAUUCAACAACUUCAAGUCCAUGGUCGUGGCUGGUUCUAAAGGAUCGAAGAUUAACAUUUCUCAAGUUAUCGCUUGCGUCGGUCAGCAAAACGUCGAAGGAAAGCGUAUUCCCUUCGGAUUCCGUCAUCGUACCCUGCCGCAUUUCAUCAAGGAUGAUUAUGGCCCGGAAUCCAAGGGAUUCGUCGAGAAUUCUUACCUGGCCGGUCUGACCGCCGCUGAAUUCUUCUUCCACGCUAUGGGAGGUCGAGAAGGUCUGAUCGAUACGGCCGUCAAAACCGCCGAGACUGGUUACAUCCAGCGUCGUCUCAUCAAGGCUAUGGAGUCUGUAAUGGUCAACUACGACGGCACGGUCCGGAACUCGAUAGCCCAGAUGGUCCAGCUUCGUUACGGUGAAGAUGGUCUGGACGGAAUGUGGGUGGAGAGCCAGUUUAUGCCAACGAUGAAGCUGACAAACGCCGCUUUCGAAGACCGCUUCAAGCUUGACGUGACCGAUGAGCAGGCUUUGCGCCGUGUCUACACCGAAGACGUCGUCCGCGAACUUAUCGGGACUCCUUCGGCUCUGAACGAUGUUGAGGAUGAGUGGCAACAGCUUGAGGAGGAUCGGCGGCUACUCCGCAAAAUCUUCCCCAAAGGAGACAACAAAGUUGUGCUGCCCUGCAAUCUGCAGAGGCUGAUUUGGAAUGCCCAAAAGAUCUUCAAGGUCGAGACAAGGAAACCUACGAGUCUCAGUCCGAUUCGUGUCAUCGAGGGCGUCCGCGAGAUCUCCAAAAAGCUGAUCAUUGUGUGCGGAGACGACCGAAUUUCGAAGCAGGCUCAAUACAACGCCACCCUUUUGAUGAACAUCCUUAUCCGCUCCACACUCUGCUCAAGACAGAUGGCCGAUAAGCACAAACUCAGCGUGGAAGGAUUUGACUGGCUUCUGGGUGAAAUCGAGCACCGCUUCCAGCAAGCCAUCGUGCAACCCGGUGAAAUGGUCGGCGCCUUGGCGGCUCAAUCCUUGGGAGAGCCUGCUACUCAAAUGACCCUCAACACCUUCCAUUUUGCUGGUGUGUCUGCGAAGAACGUGACGCUCGGUGUGCCUCGUCUCAAGGAGAUCAUCAACGUUUCCAAGUCGCCAAAGACGCCGUCGCUGACCGUGUAUCUGACCGGUGCGGCGGCAAAGGACGCCGAAAAAGCGAAAGAUGUGCUCUGCAAGUUGGAGCACACAACGUUGCGGAAAGUUACGGCCAAUACUGCAAUCUACUACGAUCCCGAUCCCAGGAACACGAUCAUUGCUGAGGACGAAGAAUGGGUUUCCAUUUUCUACGAAAUGCCUGAUAAUGAUCCGUCUCGAUGCUCUCCCUGGUUGCUCAGAAUCGAGCUGGAUCCAAAGAGGAUGACUGACAAGAAGCUGACGAUGGCCAACAUCUUCCUGAAGAUCCAACAAGGCUUCGGCGACGAUCUGAAUGUGAUCUACACUGAUGACAACGCUGAUUCGCUCGUCUUCCGCAUUCGCAUCAACGGACAGGAUAACGACAAAGGGGACAGCGAGGAGCAGGUGGACAAGAUGGAGGACGACAUGUUCUUGCGGGCUAUUGAACAGAAUAUGCUCACCGAUCUCACGCUCCAGGGCAUCGAACAGAUUGUCAAGGUUUACAUGCACAAGCCGACGACUGACGAUAAGAAGAGGAUCGUGAUCACCCCGGAAGGAGGCUUCAAGGCGAUUCCUGAAUGGCUGCUUGAAACGGACGGAACGGCUCUACUCCAAGUGCUCUCUCAACCGAACGUGGACCCCGUGCGCACGACAUCCAACGACAUUUGCGAGAUUUUCGAGGUGCUGGGUAUCGAGGCCGUGCGCAAGGCCAUAGAGCGUGAAAUGCAUCAAGUCAUUUCUUUCGACGGCUCCUACGUCAACUAUCGGCAUCUGGCGCUGCUUUGCGAUGUGAUGACGGCCAAGGGACAUUUGAUGGCCAUCACCCGUCACGGAAUCAAUCGGCAAGAAGUUGGUGCGCUGAUGAGGUGCUCCUUCGAAGAGACGGUCGAUAUUCUGAUGGAGGCUGCCGCACAUGCUGAAAUGGACCCUGUCAAAGGUGUCUCCGAAAACAUCAUGCUUGGACAGCUGGCCAAGGCUGGAACCGGUUGCUUUGACCUGGUGCUCGACGCGGAGAAGUGCAAGCUGGGCAUGGAGAUUACGCUGAAUUACCAGGCGCUCGCCCAUGGUAUCUUUGGUGCGCAGAGUCCGGCGAGUUCGUCGAUGUCACCAUCAGCUACACCUUGGGGUGACGGCGCUACGCCAGGUUAUGGCGGUGCCUCGUGGUCGCCGGUUGGACCGGGGAUGACGCCGAGCGGAGCUGGUUUCUCGCCUGGCGGUGGUUCGGAAGGCGGAUUCAGUCCGGCAGGCUUCAGUGAGGGCGGUUGGUCCCCUGGUGGCGCAAUGUCUCCGGGAGGUGGCAUGUCUCCUGGUGGUGCAUCGCCAUAUGAUGCCCUUCUGUCACCACGCUACAGCCCGACCUCUCCGAGUUCUCCUUACACGGCCGCUAGCCCGAGAUACUCCCCAACUUCACCGGGAUACUCACCAACAUCACCUUCCUAUUCGCCGACGAGCCCAAGCUACAGCCCGACAUCGCCGAGCUAUUCGCCAACGUCGCCAUCGUAUUCGCCGACGAGCCCAAGCUACUCUCCCACGAGCCCUAGCUACAGCCCAACAUCUCCCAGCUAUUCUCCGACGAGCCCGUCGUAUUCGCCGACCUCACCAUCAUAUUCGCCGACGUCUCCUAGCUACAGCCCGACUUCGCCAACUUACAGUCCGACGAGUCCCACAUAUUCACCAACGAGCCCGUCCUAUUCUCCCACGUCGCCGACCUAUUCGCCUACUUCACCGACUUAUUCUCCGACCAGUCCGACUUACCAGCCUGGAGGUGCAGGCAGCUACAGCCCUACAAGUCCGAGGUACUCUCCGACAUCGCCGGUGUACAGCCCGACUUCUCCUACGUACUCGCCGUCGAGUCCGCAAUACAGCCCGAGCAGCCCGCAGUACACGCCGACUUCUCCACAGUACAGCCCAAGCUCGCCGGUUCGGCAAGGCGCUUCGCCGAGCUACACUCCAACCUCGCCGCAAUAUUCGCCGACGAGCCCGGUAUACACGCCGUCGAGUCCUCAGUACACGCCGGCGUCGCCGCAGUACCCUGGAGGAUCUACGUCGCCGAAUCCGUAUUCACCAUCGUCGCCGCAGUACAGCCCAAGCUCCCCGCAGUAUUCCCCCAGCACUGCGCAGUACUCUCCCUCCUCGCCCCAGUACAGCCCCUCCUCGCCCGUCUACGGCGAGCCCGACGAUCAGGGCGACCAACAACCCGGUGGAUCCAAAGCGAAGAAA